CGGGAGGAGGCGCGGGCGCGCCGGGAGGGACUGGCAGUGGCAUGGGCCGGAGGGCCCGGGGCGCUGGCCCGACUAGCCGCUUGCUACCGCUGCUGCUGCUGCUCCGCCUGGCCCGCGGCGCCGCCGGAGAGCCGGGCACCGACGGUUUAGAUGUCUGUGCCACUUGCCAUGAACAUGCCACAUGCCAGCAAAGAGAAGGGAAGAGGAUCUGUAUUUGCAACUAUGGAUUUGUGGGUAACGGGAGGACUCAGUGUGUUGAUAAAAACGAGUGCCAGUUUGGAGCCACCGUUGUCUGUGGGAACCACACAUCUUGCCACAACACCCCCGGGGGCUUCUAUUGCAUUUGCCUGGAAGGAUAUCGAGCCACAAACAACAACAAGACAUUCAUUCCCAACGAUGGCACCUUUUGUACAGACAUAGAUGAGUGUGAAGUUUCUGGCCUGUGCAGGCAUGGAGGGCGAUGCGUGAACACUCCUGGGAGCUUUGAAUGUUACUGUAUGGAUGGAUACUUGCUGAGGAAUGGGUCUGAGCCUUUCCACCCGACCAUCGAUGCCACAUCAUGCACAGAGAUCAACUGUGGCAACCCUCCAGAAAUGCGGCAUGCCAUCUUGGUAGAAAAUCACAGCUCCAGGCUGGGUGGUGUGGCUCACUACAUCUGUCAGGAGGGCUUUGAGAGCCCUGGAGGAAAGAUCACUUCUGUUUGCACAGAGAAAGGCACCUGGAGAGAAAGCACUUUAACAUGCACAGAAAUUCUGACAAAAAUUAAUGAUGUAUCAGUGUUUAAUGAUACCUGUGUGAGAUGGCAAAUGAAUUCAGAAAGAAUAAACUCCAAGAUUGUAUAUGUGAUAUCCGUAAAAGGACAACGGUUGGACGCUAUAGAAUCAGUUCAUGAGGAGACAGUCAAGUUGACCACAGACAGCAGGACCCCAGAAGUGUGCCUCGCCUUGUAUCCAGGCACCAACUACACCGUGCACAUCUCCGUAGCACCUCCCCGGCGCUCUGUGCCAGCAGUCAUUGGUUUCCAGACAGCUGUAAAACAGACCAUCAGUAACAUUUCAGGAUUUAAUGAAACUUGCUUGAGAUGGAAUAUCAUCAAGAAAGUUGACAUGGAGGAGAUGUAUUUAUUCCACAUUUGGGGCCAGAGAUGGUAUCAGAAGGAAUUUGUUCGGGAAAUGACCUUUAACAUCAGCACCAGCAGCCAAGAUCCUGAGGUGUGCUUGGAACUGCAUCCGGGGACCAACUACAAUGUCAGUCUCCGGGCUUUGUCUUCGGAAUUUCCUGUGGUCAUCUCCCUGACAACCCAGAUAACAGAGCCUCCCCUUCCAGAAGUAGAAUUUUUUAUGGUGCACGGAGGACCUCUACCACGCCUCAGACUGAGGAAAGCCAAGGAGAAAAAUGGACCAAUCAGUUCAUAUCAGGUGUUAGUGCUUCCCCUGGCCCUCCAAAGCGCAUUUUCUUGUGAUUCUGAAGGCGCUUCCUCCUUCUUCAGUAACACCUCUGAUGCUGAUGGAUACGUGGCUGCAGAACUACUGGCCAAAGAUGUUCCAGAUGAUGCCAUGGAGAUACCUAUAGGAGACAGACUGUACUAUGGGCACUAUUAUAAUGCACCCUUGAAAACAGGGAAGGAUUACUGCAUUAUAUUACGAAUCACAAGUGAAUGGAAUAAGGUGAGAAGACACUCCUGUGCAGUUUGGGCUCAGGUGAAAGAUUCGUCACUCACCCUGCUGCAGAUGGUGGGUGUUGGACUGGGCUCCGUGGCUGUUGUGAUCAUUCUCGCAUUCCUCUCCUUCUCAGCGGUGUGAUUACAGAUGGACACUGCGUGGGGAGGAUGCACUGCUGCUGGGGCAGUUGUUCUGACAGCUUCUCAGGUGCCAGCACAGAGGCACGUGUGAAUUCUAUCCAGGGAGCAUGUGGGCCUGCAACUUUCUCCAUUCCCAGCUUGGUGCCAUUCCUAGAUCAAGAUGGUGGCUAUCCCUGUGGGGUCCCCCAAAAGGAGAAAACUCAGGAAUGCUGAGUAUUCCCUACUAUGGGACUAGUUUUGUGCAAUGAACUUGAAACUCCUGAUGUACAGGGUGAUAUUGACCAAAGGCUACACAUCUGUGGAUCUUGGCUGGGACUUCCUCUGAGUGAUGCCUGAGGGUCAGCUCCUCUAGACGUUGACUGCAAGAGAAUCUCUGCAACUUCCUAUAUAAGCAUCUCUGUUAAUUCAUUCAGAAUCCAUUCUUUACAAUAUGCAGUGAGAUGGGCUUAAGUUUGAGAGAGAAUUUGACUUUAUGAAGGAGGUCAUUGAAAAAGAGAGCAGUCACGUAGGCAAACGUUUCAAGCACUUUAGAAACAGUUGUUUUCCUACAAUUAGUUGAUAUACUAAUAAGAAAAUAUACCAGUCUGGCCAUGCCAAUAAGUUUCCUGCUGUGUCUGUUAGGCAGCAUUGCUUUGAUGCAAUUCCAAUUUCUUAUAUUCAAAAGUAAUGUCUGAAUUCCAGUAAAAAUAUCCUGU